AUGUCUGCACCGCCAGGCAGCAUCUCGACCCUUCAGUCGAAGAUAUGGAAUGGAUCGCUGGCAUUAGAGAUCCGCCUGGCUGCUUCAGACUGCCGGACUUACGAUGAAUCAGAACCAUAUCUGAUACAGUAUCCACGACUGUCGUAUUUGGCAUUCUUGCUUCCAAGACUGCACGCUUUUUUCGCAGCGAGACUGAUCAACCCAGAAGUGUCGUCUUACGACGCAUGGCUUUCGUUCGAAGACGUGCCCUUGAAAUGGCACUAUCCACUGGGCCUGCUAUACGACCUCUUCUCUGGAGCUGAACCGGCCGAUCUGGAUCCUCCAGGACAGAGUGAUUCGGUCGUGGCAUCGCAGGCGAAUGUAGAAGCCAGUACUGGGCAAGCACCGAUCCCCUGGAAGUUGACGAUUCAUUACACAGAUUUUCCAUACGAUCAGCUCAUUCAGCUGGAUCCCGAAGGCUUGACUAUGCGGGAUACCUUUAUCAACAGCGUCAAAGAAGCAGACUAUGUUCGGAACGGUUCAGCUCGGACGGUGAUGUCUCUUAGCAAAGAGGAUUCGGAUAAUCUGUGGCUUUCGGUGCAGAACCAUGAACUACUAUUGUUUCGAUCUGUCAACAACAAGCUACUCAACCCACCUGGAAUGGAGCUUCGACACGUGCCAACCAAGAUCUAUCUGCCAGGCUCCGCCAGCGAUGACGAUACGGCGACGAUUCUAGAAGAAACAAGACCCGGCCACAUGAGAGUUGUGCAGUCAUUGAUCCCAUUGCAACUUCCUUCAAGGCAACCACAAACGCUCGGAACUGCUCUGAACACCAUUCUGCCCAGCAUCUUCCCAAGUCGGCGCAUUCUCCUGUAUGCAAGACCGGUGUUGCAUGGGGCUGCUCUUCCGCUAGCUGCUCGUAUGGACGAUCUGGGUAAAGCUGCUGCAUACACCGAUGGCUUCCUGCAUAUAGCGAUCGUCAUGCACGGUUGA